GAGUGGGUGUGGUCAGAGAAGGAGGCGUGGGCGGUGUCAGUUCGGGCUGCGCGGUCACUCUUCUCAUUCAUCCCGUGCCGGGACAUGGUGUGUUGAGUCGGUUACCGGACUGAUUACUCCCCGUUACCACAGGGAACAUGCUUCGGGUGUGCAGGAAGGCCCGUGCGGCGGCGCUCGCUAAGGAAUGUCUGUGUGUGAAGAAAUCACUUAACCCUCUGCGCGUGACAAGAGCUUAUUCCACAGAGCCAUCUGGGUCUUCUGCUGGGAAGAUCAUUGCUGCGGGGCUCCUCUUCGCUGGUGGUGGUGUCGGGGGCACCGUACUCUAUGCCAACUGGGAUCCCAGGUUCCGGGAAAAUGUGGAGAAGUCUGUUCCUUAUUCUGACAAACUCUUUGAGCUGGCUCUAGGGCCUGCACCAUAUAACCUCCCAGUGCCAAAGAAACCAGUAAAGGAUUCUGGGCCAUUAAAGAUUUCCAAACAACCUAAGAAAGAAAGUAUUGAAGCACCACCCGUACCUGGUCAAAAUGUGGAAGCUUCAUUGCACGUAGCACAGAUCAUAUCUGCCACUGGUGAUGCCGUUUCAGUCCCAGCGGCAGUGGUGCAUGAAGAGGAGCUUCCCAAGGUAUCCGAGACAGGAGAGAAGAAGCCCAAACACCCAGCAGGUUCAGAAGCAGAGCACUGUAAGGAGUGCGAGCAUGAGGAAUCUCACCACCUGAAGGAACGUCCCGCUGAGGAGGUGGCCGCGCGCCUCGUACAGCAGGAGAAAGAAGAGAAGGAAAAGAUUGAGUCUUUAGCAGUCUUACUAGAGGAAGCUCUAAGCAGUACUGCCCGCGUCACCCUCCAGGCCGUCACCGCCCAGGAGUCCGCUGUACAAGCUGUCAACUUUCAUGCCCAGAAGCUGCGUGAAGCAAUGGAUGAAACCCAGGUGCCUGCUGAACAGAAGUCCUUGCAGUGGAGGGAUUUGGAGGAUGCCUUGAAGGUGCGCAGCAGAGCUGUGGAUGAGGCGGCUGAUGCUCUACUCAAAGCAAAGGAAGAGCUUGAGCGGAUGCGGGGCGUUAUUGAUAACUCCAAGAAGAACGCGGUCAACGGCGCCAAACCUCAUAUCAUGUCUGCAGAGGAAAAUUUGCAUCGUAUGAUUGUGGACCUGGAUAACGUUGUUAAAAAGGUGCAGUCUGCUCAGUCCGAAGCGAAGAUCGUGGCUCAGUACAAUGAACUGGUGGCCGUCGCCCGAGAGAAUUUUCAGAAGGAGCUCGACAGUAUUACACCGGAAGUGCAUCCGGGCUGGAAGGGGUUAAAGAUUUCCGAUUUAGCCGGCAAGCUGAGCACUGAAGACCUGAACUCCCUGAUUGCCCAUGCCCACCGCCGCAUCGACCAGUUACACAAGCAGCUGGCGGAGUACCGGGUGCGGGAACAGCAGCACAUCGAAGCCGCGUUAGACAAACAGAAACUGGAGAACAACAAAGCUCUGGAAACUGCUGUGUCCAAGGCGCUGGAGCAUUACCGUGCCGAGAUCAAGAUGGAGCAGGACAGGAAGGUGGAAGAAGUGCGGGAGGUGAUGGAGGCGGAGAUGAGGACCCAGAUGCGCAGACAAGCUGCUGCUCACACUGACCACCUGAGGGACGUCCUUGGUGUCCAGGAGCAGGAGCUGAAGGCUGAGUUCCAGCAGUCCGUCUCCGAGAAACUGUCCGAACAAGAAAUGCAGUUCAGACGUCUCUCUCAGGAGCAGCUUGAUGGCUUCACGCUGGACAUUAACACUGCCUAUGCCAGGCUGAAGGGCAUUGAGGAGGCAGUGGAAGGACACGCCGUCGCUGAAGAAGAGGCCAGAAAAGCCCAUCACUUGUGGCUCUCCAUUGAAGCUUUAAAAUUUACAUUGAGAUCCGCUUCAGGUGAACAUCCCACCGAACCUCUGGAGGGCGCUGUCCAGGGAAUAAGAGCAAGCUGCUCCAACGAUGAAUUUACAGGAGCUCUGACCGCCGCUCUGCCCCAAGAGUCGCUGCAUCGCGGUGUCUACAGCGAGGAGGCACUGAGAUCCCGAUUUCAUACCGUCCGUAACCUCGCCCGCCGGGUGGCACUGAUUGAUGAAACCAGAAACAGUCUCUACCAAUACUUUCUCUCCUACAUACAGUCCAUUCUCGUGUUCGAACCUAAACAUCUCCGACCCCCCAGCGAGCUGAGCACCGAGGACCUGGACACAUUUAAACUGCUUUCUUAUGCCUCCUAUUGCAUCGAACAUGGCGACCUGGAGCUGGCAGCAAAAUUUGUCAACCAGUUGAGAGGAGAGUCUAGACGGGUGGCUCGUGACUGGUUAACCGAGGCGCGCCUCACCCUAGAAACAAAGCAGGUCAUCGACAUCCUAUCCGCCUACGCCAGCGCCGUUGGGUUGGGUACAACACAAGUGCAAUAACUUAAAGGGAAGUGUAAUGUGAUGCUCGAAGUGUUGCAGAAUCCGUUCCCCUGUCACAGAAAAAUCCUAAGUUAAAUUCUGGUUGUUUGGCGUUUGUAGACUAUGCAGAUCACAGUAAAGAUUUGUUGCACUCUGACCCCUCCAAAAUGACGGCACUCUUUCUUUAUCAUGUCUGCACUCUCCAGGAAUGCCACGCCCUGUACCCUGUAUUACGUUUUUAAGUAUUCAGGUUUUACUGAUCCAAACCAAAUGAGAAUAAUUCUGAUCAUUUACUGUUCAUGCCUCCUGGAACCUCUGAAUAAAUCAGAAAUCCGA